AUGCUGGUCACGGCAAUUUUUAUGUCGAAAUUGGUUGUCGGAAAUACAGUCACCGGAGAGAGGCCAAGUGUCCGUCGUUUUCUUGAUGUUUCCAGAAUCUGUUCGCAGGCUGACGUCUUACCAACUGUUUUAACAGUUUUGAACCAGUUUUGGCAGGUGCUUCACUCUUCCACCGUCGUCGGAGCCGAGCCGGCGGAAGCCCUAAAUCCGCCGGCGAUAACAGCUAGCAAACCAAACUGGGGUAUAAAGCUACAGGCAAUCAGCAGUGGAAUUGAAGAACCUCUCAUAGAUGAAGUGCGCAAAGUUUCAAGACAAUUGUUUGACCUUUCAAUGGAAGAGAAGCAAAACUAUGGCAGAGCACCAGAUGAUACUGAAGGACAUGGAAAUGACAUGGUUCUUUCUGAAAAUCAGACUCUCGAUUGGACUGACAGACUGGUAAAUUUAGAAGAAUACAGCAGCAGAUUAAAACUGAUAGCAGAAGAACUCCUCAGGUCUAUAGCAAGGUCUAUGAACUUACCGGAUGAUAGGUUUCUGAGACAGUAUGGAGACAGGCCAGUAAUGUAUGCAAGAUUUAGCUUUUAUUCUCCGUGUCCGAGGCCUAAACUUGUGCAUGGCAUCAAACCCCAUGCGGAUGGAUCAGCCAUUACCAUUCUCUUACAAGAUAAAGAAGUUGGUGGUCUUCAAAUACUGAAAGACGACAAAUGGUACCGAGUUCCCAUCAUGCCUUAUGCUCUUCUCCUCAACAUCGGAGAUCAAGUAGAGAUAAUGAGUAAUGGACUUCUUAAGAGCCCAGUGCACAGAGCUGUGAAAAACUCGGAGAAGGAAAGUAUCAUUGUGGCUAUGUUCUGUAGCCCAGAAUCCGGGAGCGAGAUCAAGCCUGUUGAGAAGCUAACUGAUGAUAAAAGACCAAAAUUAUACAAAACAGUUUUUGGAUUAUACUGCAACUUACUUCCAAUACUUCCAGCAAGGAAAAAGACCAAUCGAUGCAGUGAAAAUCUGAAGUACAUAGUGUCUUACUCUCAUCUUUUCGCACUUUGCACAGCGCUAUUUGUAUGA